AUGAAUACGCGUCGAGUUUUGCGCACCUCGAAUGUUUUGCUGCUGUUGACUGGCUAUCAGAUGCACUGGUUCGACUCCCAGCUGCAACGCUAUCGAAUCUCUGCGCCUGGAAUCCUGAAUGUGUUUGUUUUGGCCUGCAUUUAUGCCGGCUGUUUCAACGAGCACUUUCAGCCCUCGGCGCUGCUGAAAACUCUCCUGGAUGUGUCACCUUUUCUGUACGGAUUGACGCGGCUGCAACUGCUGCUGAGCAUCAAGGUGUUUGCCUAUGCCAUUUACGCCUCUGUGCGAGCGGUGGGCGUGGCUGGCGAAAUAACCGAGUCCUUACCCAUGACGAUUAUCUCAGCACGAAGAGGUUGCCUUAAGCGGGAACUUAUUGCAUAUCUUUUGCUGUUCUCCACAUUUGUUGUGCUGCUCUGCUUUGGAUUGUACAUUGGCUACGAGAUGCAGUUCAAGUUGCCACCGCUGCAGCACAUCAUGAUUGGCGUUGCUCUGUUCCUGCCACAUUUGGUGCUGGCGGGUGCAUUGCGCUUCUAUUGCAUAUUCGCUUGGCUAACACGAGAGCGAUUGCGGCAGCUGGAGUCGGAAGUGGAGCAGCUGCUCAGUGAGAGCAAAAUCAAAACUGAACUGCAACUGGUGGCAAACAGCAGCUCUGUGGCAGUAACUGUAGCUGCCUCCAACGAGGACAAUCUGCUGAAGCCGCUGCAGCAGCUUGCAGCACAUUUUGGCAACUUCUUUGACCACUUGCAGCGAUCGUUGCUGCUGCUGCUGGGCGUCAAUGCUAAUUGCCUGCUCUUUGGCUUCUACACCUAUGUCUACUUUAGCAACACGUGGCACGUUCUCUUCGAUGAUCACAUGCGUCGCGUCUUCUACGCCGGCAAUAUAUCCAUCUACGCCUGCAUUGGCUGCGAUUAUGCAUGCUUGCUCCUGGCUCAGUCGCUACUGGAGCAGCAGCGUUUUCAAUUCCUCGACAGACUGAACUCUGCCCUGGCUCAAAGGAAUACGCUGCCCAAGCGUAUUCGCAGGAUUCUCAAGGAUAUGCGUUAUACUUUGUCAAAUUGCUUUAAUUUGAAAUUUCUUUCCAUUUGGCGAUUUAAUGUGGCUAAUUUUGCAGUGAUACAAUUGAUACAGUUGCUAGUUGUAGCGUUAAUUGUGACUUGUCAUUAUCUGAACGAUGCCAUUCUGCAGACAAAUGAACGCUUUGAUAGCAAUGAUGAAGACGAUUAA